AUGAGAGACUGUUUUGGAACAAGAGAGGAAUUAUGUAUUGUUUCUGACAGACAUGAUAGUAUUAGUAGAGCAAUUAAAAUUGUGUAUCCUGAAGCAUUUCAUGGGAUAUGCAUUUAUCACUUGCUGAACAAUGUUAGAGGAAAAUUCAGAAAAGAUUCUGAAAACAUUCGCAUUUAUUUCAUUUCAGCUGCUAAGGCAUACAUAGUAGAAAAAUUCAAGUUCCACAUGACACAACUUGAUAAUAUUGAUGCAGGGAUAAGGAAAUAUCUUACUGAAGUUGGAUUUGAUAAAUGGGCCAGAACUGAGGCAAAUCACAACAGAUAUUGCACAAUGACUUCAAAUAUUGUUGAAUCAAUGAAUGCUGUUAAUACGGCAGCAAGGAGUCUACCUGUGUAUGCAUUGCUUGAAUUCUUGCGUGCUACCAUACAAGAAUGGCAUCACAAAUAUAGGACGCUGGCAAAGUCAACAACAUCAAUCUUAAUAACGAAAGCAGAUAAAAAUUUAAAGAAAAAAUACAUUGCCUCGCUGCCAUUAAAGGUUGUCCCUCUUAAUGAUUUUGAUCACGAUGUGCAUGAUAUGGCGAUUAUUUACACGGUUAACAUAGAAAAAAAGAUACGUAUGUGUAGAAGAUUUCAACUUGAUGGGAUUUCCUGCAUUCAUGCUGUAGCAGUCUUCAGAUUUUUGAAUUGUGAUCCACUCAAUAUUGCUCAACAUAUUUCUUGA